CUUGCGAACUCUUGUUGCUAGAUCACUUUGCAUAUGGCAGUAUCAACAUCACGCUGUCAAUUUGUACCUAUACUGGAUAUACAGUACCUAGAAUCGUAAUUAAUUAUAGUGCCAUGUGACUAUUUCCUUGAGCCGUAACCGUACUUCAACUAGAACGUGGAAUAAGAUUCGGUUUUGCACUGCCAGAUUGGCAUCAUGUAGCAGGUUUGUCCUCUUGUUGACUGGUUACCGAAAGGCGCACUGAUUGAUCAUGAUGGACGAUGAGCUGAUCCAGGCACGGGGUCGAAAUGCGAAGCAAACGAACUCCCAUUCAGAUCCCAAGCCUUCUUCAGGUUCAGCUUCCACUCGCCUCAGCCGAUCAGGAAGAGCGGCUUGCGAAGAAGACAACGACGCUUUUCCCCCAAUUGGAAGUUGCGUGGUCUACAACUCCGCAAAGAAUACCUUUGGUGUGCCCCUUUCCAAUAACCGUCGAAUAGACAUAACCGAUAGCAAGAAGUCCCUCCCUCCAGGUUUGGAGGAUCUGUUUGCCGAGGACUACAUGAAGGCUUUCGUUGAACUAGUUCGCACAGCUGCACUAGGAACGCCAGCAGCACCUCGAAAACGAAAACAAAAACCGCCUUUAGGAUCACAAGCGGCAUCGGCGAACAAAAAUAGCCAUUCUAUUGAAACUGUUGGCUGUUUCACGGUUCAGGAAGGAGUUACGCGGUUCGACUUCGAGCCUGCAAAUGCAUCAUCAUCAGUGUUUUUAAGAAAUCCAGUGGUCACGUCUGAUGGCAGUGCAAGCGCAAACGAUGAGCAGAUCGCUGUGCCUGUGUCCGCUGUGUCAGAAAAGAAAAACUCUGAAAGUGCUCAUAUGGUUACUGGUCAAGUGUCAUCAGCAGCGUCUCUGAGUGAACCGUCUGAAUCUCGAAAGGCUCUGUAUUGUGCCAAAUCUACCGGAUCAGCAAAGACGAGAAUCGAAAAAUCCAUUGUAGCAUCUCGGGCGGCUGCGCGCGCUCUCUCGUUGCCAAUGUCCACAGGUCUGCAGAAGUCUUGCCGAAAGAAAAACAAAUUCGAUGACCAUGACUCAGAUGUGCGGUUCAAGAAACUGGACGCACAAUUAAAUAUGUUCCCAUCAAGACAGUCAGAAAGGCGUAUCAGCAAGCUUUUGUUAGACAAUCAAGCGCUUGAUGAAACUUUGGGAAUUGGGAUCGGCGACGACGCAAAUCAACGGCGCGCCUGGCACCGUCCACGCUCGAAAGCCAAGGAAAUACUUGGUCAUCGCGUCGCACACUGCAGGCUCUUUUUCUUGGUCCGACAACCUGCUGGUAACAAUGAGUGGUUAGAAGAGGGGCAAGUCGAUGAAGCUUUGAAAGAAAAAUAUAAAGCGGCUAACCUGGAACCAUGCGAAACUCUGGAAAUGUCCAAGCGACAAAAACGAGAGAAAGAGGUUGAGCUCGAGUUAUCUUGGACAAAGUACAUGGAAGAAUUUAACCAAAAUAAAUCGCGCAUGUCUUAAAUCACAGUAGUUAAGCUGGAUUUAAGUUCGUGCUUUGAUGACACGGUUAUAACUUAUAACCCCGAUGCUCAACAGAAAUAUGUAUGCAUGGUUCCUGUGGUGGGAAAUAGUGAAUCUCACGUUUACGGUGAUUUCGUAAUUCUUAUACUAGAGGUACUUACAAAGUUACAAGUUGUUGUUUCACUUAAAUGGAAACAAUAAAUAAUUAUUUAUAAAACGAUAACGAUUUAUUUUUCAUUUUCGUUCACUUUUCUGUACAUGAUGUGAACUCAAGGCAUUGCUGUUGUUAAACAUACUGAAUAAAGCUACC